AAGAGACUGUGGACCUGUCGUCUUGACAGAUUACUGAUGAUGAUGAUAGUGGGAGUGCAAGAGAUCAGAGGGGACAGGGUUGGCACUGAACCAGCAGGUCAGCACUACUAUCUCAAUGUGUACACAAAGGAGAGCCAGUGGGAUCGUCCAGAGAAGCCAGCUGAACCUGUGUCAAGUAGUGGACCAGACCAGGUCCAGUGUAGCCAUCUGUUGGUGAAGCAUCAGAACUCUCGACGGCCGUCAUCUUGGCGAGAAGAUGAAAUAACACGCACCAAAGAAGAAGCUUUGGAUCUAGUGAAAUCUUAUCGAGAGCAGAUUGUUUCUGGCCGGGCUUCCUUUGCUGAAUUGGCACAGAAGUUCUCAGACUGCAGUUCUGCUCGUCGAGGUGGAGACCUUGGUCCAUUUGGACGAGGUGCCAUGCAGAGGCCAUUUGAGCAAGCAGCAUUUGCUCUAAAAGUUGGGGAACUCAGUGAGCCAGUGACGACUGACUCUGGGGUUCACAUCAUUCUGCGUACUGCUUAACUUGCCAUUCGUAAAGCCAGUGGGGUCCAUUGUGACUGUACAAUACCACUGUUUCAUUCCAGCAGUCAGGACCACACUGUAUUUCUUCCAAACUUCAGCUCAAUUGAUUGUGUUGUUCUGUUAAUUUCUCAGAUGUAUCUGAGUUACGAGAGACUAUUUUAUAUUAAGUUAAUGUAUUACUGUAACAAGAGUGUUUUGUUUCUUUACCCCACAUCACGCAGGGCACAGGACUCAAGCAACUAGGUUUAUUUCAAGCUAAUAAGCCACGGCCAAGUCCUGCAUGCCAGUUAGCAUAUCUCUUCCAAUUUAUGUUUAAUGUUUUGUAAUACAGAGUUAAAGCCAAGGACAUGAAUGGAAAACUACUUUAAGAGAUCUUCAUUAUGUAUUUAAAUUGUUAUGACUGCAGCAGGAUUUUAGAUAUGCAGGUGAUACAAAUUCCAGAGAAGUACUGGAUAAUUAUCGUUUAAUAGGCAUAAGACAGAGAGAAUGUCAUUUUAUUCUGAAAUUAUUAGGAUCUUUAAGUUGACAAUUCUGACUUCAGUAACCUGUAAGACAGUUAGGUCAUUCUAAGUAGGAUAAAUACAAUAAUAAGCAUUGUAUGUGUCAUUGAAAGAGUGAUAUUUAUAUUCUUUGAAAGCUCACUUAGAUACCUGUGGAGUUAGUGCCAAGACAAACUUUUUGUGCUGUGAGAUUUUAAGUACAGUGUUGCAUGCCCCAUUUUGUUGGGGGAAUGGUUCCUGGAGAAUAGGAGUAGCCAAUCAGAACUGGGCUUAAGGAAGAGAAAACUGGGUCAUGAGGGGACCAGUGGGAACAUGGGCCAAGAAAAGGCAAAUAAGUCCAGGACAGCAGGCACUGAAGAUAUAAUCAUCUGUGACUCAUACCCCCAUCUGCCUUGUAUUACCUGUUUAUGUCCCAAAUCAACUGACUUCAACCCUGAAUACGAAGACAACUAUCUUCUCUUUCCUCUGACGUUUCUGAUCUUACAUAGGUCAUCUAACAGCCAAGCCUGUCCAUCUGUUUCUGUCUUCCACACACUUCUCCAUGUCAGUCUCUUCCCAUGUUCCUUUAUUCUGUGUGACAUCUUUCCUAACCUGAUGUUUCCGUCUUGAUCAUCAUGUUCCUUUUGGGCGUUUUCCUUCUGGUUUCAUGUGCAGAACCUUUGAGCUUCAUGAAGGCACUGUAUUUCUCCAAAACACUGAUAACCACCUACCAGAUUACACAGUGUCAUAAUGCAGAAUAUGAGUCAUCACUCCUCUGCUUCUUGCUGGCCCUCUGUGUCACUGCUGAAUCAUAUGGUUAACCCUGUGCACAAGAGCUUCAAAACAUUUCUCCCAACAUCCAUUUAUAUCUAUAGUUAUCAUUAUUUGGAAGGCAGCUGUUGAAGACUUUCACAGUUUGAUAUUUAAUUUAAACUAUGGAGAAAAGUUGUAUUUUUUUUCAGUAGAAUUGUUAGCAAUUUUGUGUUCUUCUCUGGUCUUGAUGUUCGUUUGUUUAAGAUAUGAAUCUGCUACUGGCAGAGUCACUCAUCAGGACACAUCCUAUAUUGCACUGCCCUAAAUUGUACUGGUGACAGGAGUAUGGAUAUCACACACACUGAUAAACAUAUAGAAUAUUUUCCUUUCCAUUUGUCUAAAUAUUAACAUACUUCAUAAUUCUGAAAUAAAUAGUAAGUUACAGAUCUUAGCAUGGUUUAUAUUUUAUUACAUAUUCUUUCUUUUCAAAGGUGGUGCCAUUUUUGCAAUAUUCACAGCAGAAUUCAUACACGACAGCUCAGUAACUAUCCCUUACAUUGAUAGAGAUUGUUACUAACAAGCCAGUAUGUUCUGAAUUCAUGUGACUUAUCAUUAGGGACACGUACAAUAGAGUAGGUUACUAAAGUUUAUGAAAUAUGAAAAUGUAAACUUCAGUAGCCCCUGAUGAUGUGUCAUGAUGUUUUAAACAUGUUGGGUUGAAUGUAAUGUAUACGAGUAUCUCAAGCAUUGAAUUGGAUGUUUAUUGAACUAUCUUGAACAUUUUUUAAAAUGUGAUGGAAUUCUGUUUCAUAUGGUGCAGAUAUUAUGUGUCACUAGACUGAACCAAUUUAAUAUAUUUAAUGUAGACUGUGAUACAUAAUUUUAAUAGAAACUGUUCUAUGCUUUUUGAGGAGUAAGGAAUCUAUGAAUACACAAAUAAAUGUGGCCACCCUGUUAUGAGCUCUUUUUUGUACUCUUCUUGCAAAGAAUUAUUAAAAAGAAUAAUGUAAACUCAUAAGUAAUGAUCUCAAAACUAAGUUUUUAGUUAUACGAGAAUGUUGCCAUUAAUGUACAUGGCAGUAAUGUGUGACACUGUUUUAUGUUUUUUUUAGAUAUUAGAUUACUCUCUUCUGGCCUGUGACACAGUGUAAUUCAGUAGAAGGGUACAGACAUUUUUGUUCUCAUCUUUAGGGUCCUGAAGAUUGAAGUAGUAGGUUCCUCUGGUAUGUCAGUGCGUUUCUACCAAACUACCUGGUAUCAUAUCCGAGAAGACCAUAAUCUUAAUAUUCACUGCUAUGAAAUAUCAGCUCUCAUGUUAGAUCAUGGCACUUUUACUUCUAUAGGUACUUCAUAAGCCUCGAAUCAUAGGUGAUAUUGGAGUUUUGACACAACUGUUACAGUAUGCUCAGUAAGUACACUACGCAUGCCGAUGCAAAUGUGUAAAUGAUUUUGUCAUUCCAGAAGAGUGAUGUGAAUUUUUUAUGGUAUGAUCUCACUGCAUACAGUAACAAUUUUCUCUUGAAGAAGAUUCUGCUUCCCAUGAUUUGAAACUUUUGGAAUAUCCUGUGGAACAGAACAAUGCUACAUCACGAAAGCCAGCGCAGAACAUACCAUGAUGUCAUCUUGGCCAUGUCUGAAUACUUACUCAAAACAGUAAUUCUUGUUCCUGUGGCAUACUAACGGUCAUAAAAAGAAGUUUAAAAGUACAUUUGCAGUCAUACUAAUGAACCAGGAAACUUACAAUGGGGAGCUAUGGUAAAUGUGGUUUUUAAUCUGUCCUCUUCAUAUUAUUACCACUAAAGCUCUUCCAAAAUUGAUAUUUGUCUUUAAUCACUGUGUUGACUUAGCUAUUACACAAACUUCUUCAGGCAUAAACUCAGUGUUUUGCACCAUGCAUAGAAAGUUGGUACAUUCCACCAGUUCUUAUCAGCCAUAGCAAUACACUCCAUCCUACUCUGCCCUGUGUCUUCUUCCUUUGUACUUCCUAGCUCUAGAAGCUUGGCUUUAUGACCACAAUAUUAUCAUCCAACAAAGAGAAGGCAAGGAAAUUGUUCAACCUUAACCUUCCUGCUCUUCAUUCAUCAAAGCAUUGAGUUACAAAUGUCAAUGACAUCAGUUGUGUGAAAAUUAUCUUAAUGUUUCCAGCUUGCACAUUAACCCAUAGGUUGUAAUCGCCUUGCCAUUUCUUUGUUGUUAAGAUUGUAACUUGGACUCUUAGCAAUAAACCAGUGUUUUGAUGAAUCCCUGGAAAAAUGUUUUCAUGACUGUGGUCAUACUGAAGUCAUCAAAUUUUUUAAACUUUCUUGCAUCUCAUAACUGGGUCAGUGUAUCAGCAAGCUACAGACUGAACAGUUAUCAAUCAAGGUUCUAUGCCUGGCAGGGAAAGACAUUUUUCUCCUCUUCCUAAUGUCCAUACUAGCUGUGAGGCCCACCCAGCCUCCUGUAUAAUGGGUACUGGAGGCUCGACCACUGGGAAUACUGUGACAUGUUGAUAAGCACUCACCCUCACCUGGUGCUGAGUUUAAGCAAUCUCUGAUCUUAUCUCCACCACUCCACACACUUUCAUGGCAUUGCGCUUAAUUAAUUAAGCAGAAGCACACCCUUACAUUACUUAUAACAUCUCACAUCUCACCUUGGAAAUGUAUCUCCGUAGUUCAGCAACUGUGUUGCUUAAACAGUUAACUAGAAUUUAUUGGCCUAAACCAGUCAUCUUGGAGCAUCAGACUGAAUCAUCUUUAUUUACAUUGAUUCCUGUCAUAUAUCUGUUGUCAUAUCUUAUAUUGCUUUAUUUUUCUUUCUUGCAGAAGUACCAGUGUAGAAUGUCAGUUGUUAACAAAUAUUAUAUGUUACAGUAAAUAAAUAAAAAUGAUUAAGAUGUUUAGUU